AUGACUAUGUUUGAGAAUGUCACCCGCGCCCUGGCUAGACAGCUGAACCCUCGAGGGGACCUGACACCCCUAGACAGCCUCAUCGACUUCAAACGCUUCCAUCCCUUCUGCCUGGUGCUGAGGAAGAGGAAGAGCACUCUAUUCUGGGGGGCCCGCUAUGUCCGUACCGACUACACUCUCCUGGACGUGCUGGAGCCUGGCAGCUCCCCAUCAGAUCCAACAGAUUGUGGGAACUUCAGCUUUAAGAACAUGCUGGAUGCCCGCGUAGAGGGGGACGUGGACGUACCAAAGACGGUGAAGGUAAAGGGGACGGCAGGCCUGUCUCGAAGCAGCACGCUGGAGGUCCAGACACUCAGCGUGGCUCCCAAGGCUCUGGAGAACUUGCACAAGGAGAGGAAACUGGCAGCAGAUCACCCGUUCCUGAAGGAGAUGCGGGAUCGCGGGGAGAACCUGUACGUGGUGAUGGAGGUGGUGGAGACGGUGCAGGAGGUCACUCUGGAGAGAGCUGGCAAGGCAGAAGGCUGCUUCUCACUCCCGUUCUUUGCCCCAUUGGGACUACAGGGAUCCGUGAACCACAAGGAGGCUGUAACCAUCCCCAAGGGCUGUGUUCUGGCCUUUCGAGUGAGACAGCUGAUGGUCAACGGCAAAGAUGAGUGGGACAUCCCACACAUCUGCAAUGACAGCAUGCAGACCUUCCCUCCAGGAGGUAAGUGCGCCUCUUACAGGCAAGGGGUGUCUGUGGCAUUGACUGUGCCCCUAGGGGAGAUGCAUGAAGAUUUCAAGACACUAAAAGAAGAGGUUCAGAGAGAGACUCAAGAAGUGGAGAAGUUGAGUCCAGUGGGACAGAGCUCCCUGCUCACCUCCCUCAGCAAUCUCCUAGGAAAGAAAAAAGAGCUCCAAGACCUUGAACAGACGCUUGAAGGGGCUCUGGACAAGGGACACGAAGUGACCUUGGAAGCACUCCCCAAAGAUGUCCUGCUGUCAAAGGAUGUCAUGGGCGCCGUCCUCUAUUUCCUUGGGGCUCUAACAGUGUUAAGUGAAGCCCAACAGAAGCUUCUAGUAAAGUCCCUGGAGAAAAAGAUCCUACCAGUGCAACUGAAGCUGGUUGAAAGCACCAUGGAGCAGAACUUCCUGCAAGAUAAAGAGGGUGUUUUCCCGUUGCGGCCUGACCUGCUCUCCUCCCUCGGGGAGGAGGAAUUGACCCUCACAGAAGCCCUAGUGGGGCUGAGUGGCCUGGAAGUCCAGAGAUCCGGCCCCCAGUACAUGUGGGAUCCGGACACUCUGCCACGCCUCUGUGCCCUCUACGCUGGUCUCUCCAUCCUUCAGCUGCUGAGCAAGGCUUCCUAAUGCACCUUCUCUGCCCUCUUCCCUAAUGUCUUCCCAACCUUAC